AUGUCGCAAGGUUCGAAUGCCGAGUGCCAACCCUCCCGUUCGACGGAGAGCAACGAGGCCAAGGGUGACCCGGAGCUCGGCGAGUCGGCGACGGAUGGCCAUCUCUACAACUCGACGGUCCAGAACUUCACCUGGAGCCGUGUGAGCGUGACGGUCAAGGACCGCAAGUCGAAGCAGCCGAGAACGAUUGUGGAUGACGCUCACGGCAUCGUCAAGGCCGGCGAGCUCUGCGCCCUCAUGGGCCCGUCCGGCUGCGGCAAGACGACUCUCCUCAACGUCCUGGCCGGACGCCCCACCAACGCGAGCAAGGUCGAGUCCAACGUGCUCGUCAACGGAGGCACCAUCUCCAAGUCGGACUUUCGACGCAUCUCCUGCUUCGUCGAGCAGGAGGACGCCCUCAUAGGCGCCCUUACCGUGAGGGAAACGAUUGAGUUUUCCUCACGGCUCGCGCGGUCGAGCUCCCUCCCGCGGCUCGAGCGUCAAAGGCGAAUCGACGCCCUCCUUCGCUCCUUCGGCCUCACCGAGCAGGCCGCCACCCUCAUCGGCACCCCCAUCCGCAAGGGCAUCUCGGGCGGCCAGAAGCGGCGGGUUGGCGUCGCGAGCCAGCUCAUCACCGACCCCAAGAUCCUCUUCCUCGACGAGCCCACGAGCGGCCUCGACUCCGCCGCGAGCUGGGAAGUCGUCAACUACCUGCGCACCGUCGCGAGGCAAAACAACCUCGUCGUCGUCUGCUCCAUCCACCAGCCCUCGACCGCGACCUUCAAUCUCUUCGACAAGCUGAUGCUCCUCUCGGCCGGCAAGACGCACUACUUUGGGCCCGUCGACCGGCUCAUCCCGCACUUUGCCUCGGUCGGUGUCGAGGUUCCGAACCACGUCAACCUGGCUGAGUUCAUGCUCGAGCUCGUCAACAUCGACUUUUCCCAGGACAAGGAGACGGCCGCGACUGGCCUCGACGAGCUGCACGGCAAGUGGGAGCUUUCCCCGCAGCGGAAGCAGACGCGGGACGACAUCCUCGCCGUCGAGCAGGCCGCGACGGACGACCUUCGGCUCGAGUCGCACCACCAGAAGCCGAGCGUGCCGAGCCUCAUCCUCACGCUCCUCCAUCGGAGCUUCAUCAAGAGCUACCGCGACGUCGUCGCCUACGGCAUCCGCCUCGCCAUGUACGUCGGCCUCGCCGUCAUGAUGGGCACCGUCUGGCUCCGUCUCCCCGCGACGCAGACGUCGAUCCAGCCCUUCAUCAACGCCAUCUUCUUCGGCUCGGCCUUCAUGUCCUUCAUGGCCGUCGCCUACGUGCCCGCUUUCCUCGAGGACCGCUUCCAGUACGUCAAGGAGCACCAGAACGGUCUCUACGGCGCCGAGGAGCUCAUCGUCUCCAACUUCCUCAUCGGCCUUCCCUACCUCUUCCUCAUCUCCGUCGUCUUCUCCUCGAUAUCCUACUGGCUCUCCAACUUUCAGCCGACCGCCACCGCCUUCUUCACCUGGAUCAUGUGGCUUUUCUUCGACCUGCUCGCGGCCGAAUCCCUCGUCGUCUUCAUGUCGUCCCUCUUCCCGAGCUUCGUCAUCUCCCUGGCGCUCGUCGCCUUCGCCAACGGCCUGUGGAUGUCCGUCGGCGGCUUCAUGGUCCCCCCGACCAUCCUCAACGUCUUCUACAAGUACGUCUUUUACUACUGGGACUACCAAAAAUACGUCUUCGAGGGCAUGAUGGUCAAUGAGUUUUCGGACCGCGACUACUCCUGCGGCGAGGACUGCCGCUGCAUGUUCGACUCGCCCCUCGCCGACCAGUGCAUGAUUGCCGGCCAGGCGGUCCUGGACCAGUACGGCUACGUCACGGGCCAGCUCGGCCAGAACGUGGGCAUCAUGAUGGCCAUUAUUUUUGGGUACCGCCUGGCUUCGUGGCUUGUUUUGAAGCUGCGAACCUGA